AUGCGUCUUGUAGAUGACACAAGGGCCCAAUACCUCGCUAUCCUGGAAAGGUUUAAGCGUUGGCUGCACACAGAGUACCCGUCAUUCGUGGUUGACACCACGAUCCAGCUACCAUUGCCCAGCAAUAUCUGCCAAAUGUAUUUAGACUACGCAUCAAUCAAGCGCAAUACACGUGGCGAGGCGCUUGUGCCCAAGCAAUACAACACCUUCUCCACCAUCGGGACCUCCAAGAGUGCGCUGAAAUUCCUGUACAAGGAGGCGAACGUCACCAUGGACGAAGAUCUGGAAUCGCGACUGAAAGACUUUGCAAACGGGUACAAACGGCACAUAGCACAACUGAAGGAGGAUGGUGUCAUGCCCAUCGGUGAAGGCAAAUUACCGAUGUCUGUGGACGUGACCAAGAAGGCGCUGCUCUGCUUCCCAAGCAUGUUUACGCAAAUCCCACGAGUCCGGCAGUGUGCCCAAUUCUGA